AUGGUUUGCUGCGUCGGUCUGCGCCGUCACGACGUCCACGGCCUCCUACUGCCCACCACCGAACGUCCACAAUGCCCGCUGCCACCAGACCAGUGGUUCACCCAGAAGCUGGACCACUCCCAGCCCAGUGACCUGCGCACCUGGCAACAGCGCUACUUCACGAACGACUCGUUCUACAAGCCGGGCGGGCCGGCGUUCCUGAUGAUCGGCGGCGAGGGCAAGGCCAGCCCCGUCUGGAUGGUGGCCGGUCAGUGGAUCGAGUACGCCAGGCAGCACAACGCCCUCUGCUUCCUGCUCGAGCACCGCUUCUACGGGAAGAGCCACCCCACCGAGGACAUGAACAUCAAGAACCUGCGCUUUCUGAGCUCUGAGCAGGCGCUGGCCGACCUGGCCGCCUUCUCGGCCGCCAUGAACGUGCAGCACGGCCUCGACGCCAGCACGCGCUGGGUGGCGUUCGGCGGCUCGUACCCGGGCAGCCUGGCCGCCUGGUACCGGCUCAAGUACCCGCACAUGCACGCGGCCGUCUCGAGCAGCGCGCCGCUGCACGCCCAGACCAACUUCUACGAGUUCCUGUCGGUGGUCUCUGACGCGCUGCGCUCCGAGUCCGGCCAGGAGUGCUACAGCGGCGUGGCGGCCGCCUUCUCCGAGCUGGAGCAGCGCAUCGGCGGCGGCGACGCCGGCCAGCUCACCAAACAGUUCCAGGACGUAUCCAGUCUGGUCUCCAGCCUGGCCGACCUCUUCGAGAGCACCGUCCAGUACAACAAGGACAACCGCGCCUUCGAGGGCGCCAAGGACGCCAACAUCACCGUCACCACGCUCUGCGACUGCUUAGACUACACCUACGAGUCGGCCAUGAAGAAGAUGCGACAGGAGAGCUUCGACAGCCCCGACAACAACGGCAUGUUCACCACCAUUUCCCCGGCGAGCCCAGAGACGCCGGGGAUGGCUGCCCCUCCCCGCCGCCACACGCACAUCGAGCCCUCCACUGCUGCCAGGUUCAACAAGGUGUUCAUCGAGGCGGCUGUGGCGGCGACGAACGUGCGCUACGGCGGCCGCGGGCUGCGCGCACGGCCCACUGCGCCAACAUGUACCCGGCGCGCAGCCUCGGACCUGGCCGGGCUGACGGGCGGCUCGGCGCAGAGUGGCCGCCUCAUCACCGCCUGGCUACGCGAGAGCCGGCAGUGA